CCGCAAGCUCGACGCGCCAAAUUUCAAAGCACUUCCUCCCCGGAGAAAAGAAAGCGGAGCGAGCAAGAGGACGACGGCGGCCGAAGUCCAACUUACCCCAUAGUUUCACUUGUGCUCGACGGUUGUUCGAGAGGAAAGAAGCCCGCUAACUUCGGCUGGGUGGCAUGAUGCAGCGGGAGCACAAACAUUGAAUGAUCAGACUCAAAUGCAUUUUUUAUUUCAACUUUUUUGACAGCCUAGUUUUUACCCACAACCAGCAGUGAGCCCCUGGCCAGUUGUGAAAGGCUGCUUUGCAUACCUCAUCAACUCAGACGGCCUCAUUUAUUCAUGUCAGUCCUCCUGGCUUCACGCCAGAUGCUGUUCAGUCUGCCGCAAAUGCCUUCAACGUAAUAUAUAACCACAAGCAGAGCGACUCCCCAAAUGCAACGCGGCCAACUGUAGCGUCAGGAGGACGGGGUGGGAAGACAAACGUGUCCGUCAUGUACUCGGGGGCGCAGCCGUGCUUCCAGCUUCUCCGCAUCGGCUCCUCGGAGGGGGGCCCUACGCGGGACCUGUACACCUUCAGGCCGGCGCCGGGCCACUCGGUGUUCCGCCUGGGUCGGGCCGAGGAGCUGUGCGACGUCAUCCUGGACUCACCGACCGUGUCGCGCGUUCACGCCGAACUGCACGCCGAGCGCGAGGCCAGCAGCGACGGCGAGGAGGUGGCGACGCAGGAGGAAGGGUGGAGGGUCCACAUUCAGGACAAGAGCACGCAUGGCACUUGGGUGAACGAGGUCCGCCUCCAGGCUGGCAUCCAAUGGGAGCUGUCGGACGGUGACGCGCUGACCUUUGGGGGCCACGAUGCUCCCGACAGCCCUGAGUUUUGCUUCCUCUUCCAGAAGGUCAAAGUUCGUCCGCUGGACUUUGACGCCAUCACUGUUCCCAAAGCAGGGACAUUUUCAUCAGACUUGCAGAACCGGAUCAGAACCAACCCCGAGCGCAAGGCGGAGCCGGGCUUGGAUCUGUCCAGGCUGUCCAUCAACCGCUCCACCGUCAUCCUCAACUCCAUCGGCAGCCUGAGCAAGAUGAGAGGCAGCGUGUGGUCCUUCAGGAGGAGCCGCAGCCACGAGGGCGCCACCUCCGACAUGGGCUCAUCGUCCUCGCCGCCCCCUCUGUGCGGCGGACGCUUGCCGCUGCUGCCGCCGUCCACUCCACCGUCUUUCUCGCCUGCCGCCUCCUCGCUGGCCCCCAAGUCUCUGGCCCCCAAGUCUGUAGCGCCGGCCUCCAGGAGCCGCAGGAAGUCGGCGCACACGGUGUUGCUGGAGGACGACGGCUCGGACGAGCCCCGUAGCAAAACUGUCCCGGCAGGUCUGGAGGAGGAAGCGCAGCAAUCGCGAGGCAGCAAGAAGCGUCGCCUCUAUAAGUCCGACUCAGACAAUCUGUGCUCGCCGCCACCUCCUCCGCCAUCUUCCCACCCGCGUCCCCAGGAAGCCAAACCCUUCCCGGUUGGCAUCAGGACCAUCGGUAGCUUCCACGGCGCCAUGACAAACACCCGCCUUGACCAGCAGCACCACGUCCUCCUUGCGCCAUUGAAACCAGAGCGACAUGAGGGGGCGGCUGCGCCACGUCACCUUCACAACGCCGCCGUCCGUCAGCAGAGACCCGCCCCGAGGGGCCGUCGGAGAGCUCAUAGCGCACCGGUUUUCUCCCCGCUGGUGGUGGGAGGGGAGAGCUACAAUCUGGCGUCACCCUCAGUGAGGGUUACUACGGCGCCGCGGGGCCGUGCUGCCUUCAACAGGUUCCACCAGCAGCCUAGCAGGCGUCGCGGCCGACCCAGGAAACACCCCCUUCCACCUCGGCCCUCUUUACCCUCGCCAUCCUCGUCGUCCUCCUCUAGCUCCUCCGCUUCAUCCUCCUCAGGCUCGUCUUCGUCAUCCUCUUCCUCCGACGAGGACGAUGACGAUGAGGCGACAAAGGCCGUGUCGACGGCCGGGGGGUCGGUGGAUCCGUGCGCGGCCCCCCGCUGCCUGCUGCCCCAGCAGGACCCGGUCCAGUGGAUUCAGUGCGAUGUGUGCGACGCCUGGUACCACAUAGACUGUCUCCGCGUGGAUCGCAAGAAGCUGCUGAGGGACCCCAAUGCUGACUUCCACUGCGGCUGCUGCUGAGGAGCACGACGCUCCCGCGCAGUCUCAAGUUCCGCAAUCCAACAACUCAGGUGGGAUUUUACUGUCGGACAUGGUGAAAUUUGACUCUGAUAAACACACUUUUCCCCCCCUCAGCCUUAAUCAAAUUUUAGGAAAUACCGGCUCAGUGACAAGAAGCAUAAAGUUGAUCGUUUUUUUUUUCCUGAGGAUGAGCGUGCUAUGGAUGAUAAGGACGAAUUAAGUAAAAAAAAAAAGUAUAAAACAAUACGCAACAUAGUCGUUUCUGGCGCCCUCCUGUGGCCACAUGGUAAAACUGCAGUCAUAUAUUCUAGCAACGUUAAUGGCCCUAAUGCAAAUAACAGUCAAGAGCGAAAAUGUUGAUGGAUGUACUUGUUGACGAGUGUGCCAAAAUAAUCUUCUUGACCAAUAAGACCGCAUAUACUUCAUAUUCCAUAAGCGAUGGCAGAGGUUUCUAUGACCCCUGACCCCUUUACUGGAUGGGGGUACACGGAAACUAUGACAAUAUCUCAAAUGCUGGCCGUGUGUGUGUAAUGUUUGUGUGUUCAUUCAGUAAACAGUUCAUUACCUCG